AUGGGUAGUCUUCCGAAUUUUCGGACCACUCUAAGUCGUCCCUUUACACAUACUAGGGUUGACUAUGCGGGUCCUUUCAACGUACGCGUAUCACCGGGGAGAGGGCAAAAGAGUUACAAGUGUUACGUAGCCUUAUUCGUCUGCUGCGUGAGUCGAGCUAUACAUUUGGAACUUGUUUCAAAUUACUACUGUGAAGCUUUUCUAGCAGCUUACAAUCGCUUUACAAAUCGUUGUGGAUUACCAGCUCACAUGUACAGUGACAAUGGUACCACAUUUCAGGGAGCUGAAAGAGACUUGCGUAAUUGCCUUUUAAAUCUACGUAAAGAUUUAAACUUGCAGAAUCAACUCGUCAGUCAAGGAAGUACUUGGCAUUUCAUUCCGCCUUCUGCACCCCAUUUCGGGGGAAUGUGGGAGGCUGGAGCGACGAGCUUCAAGCAUCACUUUCGCCGAAUAGUGGGCUCUAGAACUCUUACUUUCGAAGAGUUGUAUACUACUCUUACGCGAAUUGAGGCAGCUCUUAAUUCUCGUCCAAUAAGACCGUUGUCGGAUAAUAGCGAAGAUUUAACGUAUUUGACCCCUGGGCACUUUUUGAUUGGUGCACCGCUUUUGAGUCCCCCUGAACAAUCAGUCGAAUUUGUUUCUGAGAAUCGGCUAUCUCGUUGGCAGGUAAUUCAACAAAUUGUGGAGACCUUUCGGCGAAGAUGGGCUACUGAAUAUUUACACUGUUUACAACGCCGAUAUAUGUGGACUCGUGAACAAUCUAACCUUAAGAUUGAUGACUUAGUAUUGAUGCGCAAUGAUGGUCUCCCUCCAACUAAAUGGUCGCUUGCUCGCGUAAUUAAAUGCUAUCCAGGUAAAGAUGGCUUAGUUCGCUAG